GCCUCUUCUCACAGCUCGGAUUGUUUUGGGAGCUGGGUUGAAAUAGCAUGCUAAGGGAGUUAGCACACAGUUAGCUUUUCAAACAUCUCUCUGAAGUUGUCGUUGGCGCUGACACCUAAAUAAAAUGUCCAAACUACAGGACGGCCACAGGAAGGAUCUCAGGUCAAACUGGUGAGGGUGUGCUAACCCGCCUGUCAGGCAACAGUUUGGGAAAGGAUGCCUGAGAUCACUGAAACCGAGACAACUGGUCGAAAACCAAAAAAGAAGAAAAACAAAGAAUCCCACAAUGCUGUUGAGCGGCACCGCAAAGAGAAGAUAAAUGCAGGGAUCAACCGCAUUGGCAAUCUGUUGCCGUGUUCACAAGCGCUAAAACAGAGUAAGAACAUGAUCCUGGACCAGGCUUUUCGCUACAUCACAGAGCUGAAGAAACAAAAUGACACGCUGCUCCUGGAAGGCGGUGAUAAAGUCCAAGCGGAGGAGAUCCGCCGACUGCGGCAUCAUUGCGAGGAGCUUCGCAAGGAGAGCGCCCACUACAUCGAACUCCUCAAAGCCCACGACAUCAAUUUCCUUGAAGACCCCACGGUCCACUGGAAGGGCAAGCGGAGCUGUGCCAAAGUGGCCAAAGUGACCCCCACUCAUCAGCUGCCCAAGGGCAUCAUCGUCUAUUCCAACGGCAACGUGACGUGCCCCACGGGAAAAGAGACCGCCCCCGGGAAGCAGCCCUCGGAAACCUUAAUCCUCCAGCCCCCCUUGGAGGCGAGCGCAAGCGUGAGGGUGAACGGAGCCUUGCUCCAAGUCACUACUUCCGCCGCGUCGCUUCACUCCGGUUCCAGCGUCGCCCAGUCGACGGCAGGCCUCGCGUUGGUGGAGCAGCGUGCGAUUGAGAAGACGCCUCAGCCGCCCUCCGUGUCGUACAUCACCCUCCAUCUCCCCGCCGUAAACGCCGGGCUGCCCCAGCCCCCUGCCGCCUCCGCCCAGACCAACGUAGCCCCGCCUUCAGCGCCUCCACUGCCCGUCUCCUGUCUCGCCACAAUAAAUCAGACUGUGAGGGACACCGCCCUCAGGACCGUAAGUUACACUGGCAUCCCCAACAGUCAAGCCCUUCUCCGAGCGGGGGCGGCGGGCAGCACGCAAACCACGUGGACAACGCUGCAGAUGGCGGGCAACACGGUGCAGCCCGUCUGCCAGAGUCUCGGUAGCACCACGCAGGCUGUCCGCCAGGUGACGGUGUGUCCCGCGGGCCCCAAGCCUCCUCCGGUUCGGCCGAUUCAAAUCCAGAUGCGGCCUCCUCCUGCGCCUGCGCAACAAGCCCCCGUCACCGCGCAUAUUCAGGCAAACCCGCCGCAGCUGCGCCCUGCCGUCCCAGUCCUGGCCCCGCAACCUCGGUGCGCCGUGCUACCGCAGCCGGCCGCGGUGGCCCAUCCCGCCGUCGUUUCCCAGCCCCAGUCGGCCGUCCUCCAGCCCGCCUCGCUCGUUCCCCACCCUUCGGCGGCGCUGAUCCCUCAAGCUCAACCGCAGGCCGCCGUGCUGCCGCUCCUCCAGACCAUGCAGGUGCUGCAGGUCAAAGCGAGCGGCGCGGCGGCCACGGCGCCGCAGAGCAGCAACAGCAACAACCCCAGCGUGGUCAUUCUGCAGCAGGCCAACUCCUGCCCGAGCCAGCCGGUCAUAAGAGAAGAAGCGAGCAAUCCGGCGCCCUGUCAACAUAUCGUCAUCAUCCAAGCUUCUAAUCACGCUGCACCCGCCCCUCAGAAUCCUAAUCUUGGCUUGGUCGCGGCCCCCGUCGCCGCCGCCCCCCCUGCCGCCGCCGCGCCUUCGUCGGCGCCAGCCACUCAAACAGCCAACAGUUCAACAUCAACAUUGCAGAGCGUGGGCGGGAAGCAGCUGGUGCACAUUCUCCCGCGCCCGGCGCAGCCUCCGGUGAGCCAUUCGUCACAGGCGAGCCAGACACCUGCCGAAGUCCACGCGACGCCGCAGACCAUCACUGUGAACGGGCAGGUUUUCGCCCUAAAGGCCAUGAAGACUUCGGACAAAACCGCAUCCCAAAGUACAAUUCAGCUGAUCCAGCCGACCACCACGGAGGAACCCACCACCAACGUGGCUCUCAAGAGUCUCGGGGCCCUCAGUUCUCUCAACCAGAGCAUCUCCCAGGGCCUUCCGCUGAGCAUUUCUAGCCAGAGCAACAACAGCGGCCCGCCUGCAGCGACUCCAUCUCCGGCGGUGCGGCAGAAACAACUGGCUACUGCUCCCGGGACCGUCCCCGGAGCCGCGGCGGUCCCGCCUGUCCAGCAAUCGAAAGCGCCAGUCAAAUCUGGACAAGCGGCGAGUGCGGCCAAGGCUGCCGGAAAGAGGCUGCAGACGACUCUGCACGCUAAGCGAUCGGCGGCGAAAAGGACGAAAGCAUCGAAGAAAAGCAUGCUCAGCCAAGCUAGCUCAGACGAAAAACAGAUGGCAUCUCCUGCCUCAGACGUUCCUCCGGUAGCUGCUCUGACCGAGUCUGCCGGAACCGUACAAAGUGUCACUUGCCCACAAAGCCCGUCGAAAACCCUCGUUUGCGUUACAUCCAGCGGCCCGACGGUACUUGAUCAGCCCCGGCCAAAAAGCGUCGGCUCGGUCGACGUCAAUGCCGAUGAUGUUAUUUCCAGUCGAGCGAGCGCAAGCGUUGCUGCGAAGGCACUUGUGACCGUCAGCGCGGCGCCGGCCGCGGUUUCGGCGAUCGGAGCCGUGGCCGCGAAUGACAAAGCGGCCGCAGCUUCAAACGGGAGCUUGGCGGCGAGCAAGCCUGUAGAACGCGAAACGACCGGCACCGAGACUCGCACCACGCAAAGUAACUCGGCUCUUCCGUCGAGGGUAUCGAAAUCGAGCGCAACCGUUUUCGCGGCUGUGACCGGCGGUGACGUCGCGAACGGCGCCACCGCCGCUCACGCGGCACGUCCUACUUCGGUUUGCGCCACAGCAACUCAGAGUACACAAUCGGUAUCCUGUCCACAACAACCCAACGACAUCAAAUCGGCGCCUUGCGGUAAAGAACCCGCUUCUUCAUCCACCGCGUCCACAACCUCAACUCCGUCGCCGUCGGUUGGCGCUUGUACGACACGGCAGCCCGACCCCAGCGUCAAACUUCCUCCGCCGCCGUUAGCGGCGGAGGCGAAGACCCGACAGGCCCAAGAAGAGAGGCCCGCUACAAGCUUAGCAUCGUCCGAUACAACGCAGAAGAAAGACUUUGCGCUAUCUCACGGAGUUUACACAAACCUCGAUGAUCACACUUUGGAGCCCCCCGAGACGGAUUCUCCCAUGUCGACAGUGGCGGGGGGAGGCAGAGGCUUUUCGGUGGCCUCCAUGCUCCCACAAGGUCAGGACAUGAGCGCUUCCUCUGGCUCCUUUGGAACGUUUACCUUCACAUCCGAGCAGGCCGAGAUGCUCGCGUUGGCCAUGUUGGAACAGGACAGUCCGGGGAGGAGGGCUGGAAGCUGCGUCGGGAAUGACUCCGCCUCCGCCGCCGCCCCGGCCGCGUGGCAACCGCCAAAAGGUCCCGCCAGUCGGGAAAAAGCCACCGCCGCGCAGCAAGCCAAAGUGAGCAAACCCGUGGACGUGGUUAAAGCUCCCGGUCAGGUGUCCGUCAGAGGGCAGGGUGGCGACGGGUCCGUCAGCGGGACCGGCGGAAGCAGGCAUCCGCAGAACCCGGCGGCUCAUCUCAUCACGUACUCCCAGUCGCAGUCUCUGCCGCAGGUCCAGACUCAGACCUCGGCCCAAAGCGGCACCGUGGCCAGCUUGAGCGUCAACAACCUGAUCAGGCCCAGCUCCUCUCAGCAACCCUUCCCGGGAUCUCCCAGUCUGGCGGGCCAGCAGUGCUCGGCCCCCUCGCCCGCCGUGGCCUCGGUCCACAUUUCCCAAUCGUCCAACAACACGCUGUCGCCCUGCUCGGGUGCCGGCCAGCUGAACGAGUACGCCCCCAUGAAAACGGCUUUGAUGAGGGCUCAGGCGGAGCGGCAAGUCAAGAUCCUCUCCAAGCGGCAGGCCCAGGAGGAAGUCCUGCUCAACGGCGGCAAACGACCCAAGGCGUGCCCGGCGCCGGCGCCCGCCGUGGGCCACAUGGACGUGAAAGGGGCGGACCACGGGCAGAUGAUGGUCGGACAAAUGCCUCCCUCGUCGAGGAUCAACUCCGAGGGCUCCCUCUUCUCCACAAACUCCUUCAUGAGCACCGUCGUCCGAGCCACGGAGGCGCACUGCCCCCCCGAGCAGACCCAGCCGGGGGUGCUCCACCCGCCCCAGGGUCAUCCGCAACAUCCCGCCGCCCAGCACCUGGGAGGCAACCUGUACAUGAAACAGCAGCAGCAAGAGCAGCAGAGACACCACCUGUACCAUUUGCAACACCACCCGACCCAGCCCGACGCCGCGCAGUGCCACUCGCUCCACCAGAGGGCGCUCCAGCAAGAGCAGCACGCGCAGAAGAAGAGGGGGCUGGUCCGAGGCAGCCAGAGCGGCUCGCCGGCCGCCGCCCUGCAGCAAAAGCAGCAUCACCUCGAAAAGUCCGCCGUCCAACGGCAGCACGCGCACCCGCAACAGGCGGCGCAUCAGCAUCAACAGUCGCAUCCGCAGCAACGCCAAGUGCCUGCGCACCAACAGCAGCAGCAGCACCAACAGCAACAUCAUCAACAGCUGCAGCAGCAGCAGCAGAACUCCCACAGCAGGCACCAGCAGCAUUUGCAACAACAGAUACAGCAGCAGCAGCAGCACUUUCGACACCAGGAGAAAAGCUGCGAGGCCCAGGCAGCAGGAGCCAGAGCCCACCACAACAGCCACCUGGCGCAGCAGGACCACCUCAAGCCUGGCCAAGAUCACGCUGCCAUGCAGAGGAUGAUGACUUCCAGGACCCUGGAUCAUCAGCAGCAGCAACUCAUCUCGCCGCCCAGCAAUCCGGCGUCGCGCUCGUCCGAGCUGUCGUGCGCGCCAUCGCGCCAGGAGCGCCACCGCGUCUCCAAUUACUCUGCCGAGGCGCUAAUUGGCAAAACCACCACGAGCGCCGAUCAGCAGCAGCAGCAGCAGCGCAUGGCUCACCAUCUACCGCCGAGCCGCAGCGGCGCCGCGCCGGAGCAAGGCGACCUGCGCGGCUACAUGGACGCGUCGGGACGAGGUAAAGCCAACGUGCCGCACAACCCGCAGGGACGAAUCCCGUCGGACCACCCGGGCCCGAACGACGUUCAGCGCGUGUCGGAGUGCCUGCCGUUCAAAAGCAUCGCGGCGGGACCAAGUGCGCAUCAGCUCGCCGGUUUUGAGGCUCAGGUUUCCCGAGGGAGCGACCUGGCCGCCAAGCCGCAGAGGGCGCAGCCGCAGCAGGGAACCUUCCGCAUGGGCGCCGGCCCCCCGCCAGACGGCAGGAACCGGGUCUCGGGUGGCUACGCGGGGGUCCAUCUGGGGCCACAGGGGGCGCACGUAGGACCGGUGCUGCUGCGCGAGCAGGAAGCCUGUCACCAGAGUUUCAUGCAGAGCCUCCUGUCGCCCGACGGGAACCACCAGAGGACGGCACAAUGCUGCCCGCCGGUCAGCAUGGAGUACCCCUCGGUGGACAUCCAGGUCAAAGCGUCCAGCCCCGGCCAGAAAGCCUCCGCCAUGAACAAAAGCCACAUUUCUCAGGUCAACACCAAUAUGCACGGUGGCGUGCGGGCGGCCCACCCCGCCGAACCGGGCCGCCCUUCGGCACCCUCCAGGCCGCCCGUCAGCCAGCAUUCGCGGCACGCGCCGCCUGCCAAGCUGAGACCGGGCGAGCGGCCCCGCCCGGGGACACUGCGGCCCGGCAACCCGUUCGAGCCCGAAGGCCAUCUGCCCCUCCCGUCCGGGGGCGGCGUGCUCCUGGGCCGGACGCAGUCGGGGGGCGAAGCGCGGCGCAGCACCAUCGUACGCUUCAUGGCGGACGGCUCCCAGGCGCCCGGAGACAACAACCUGGUGGCCGAGCAGCACCUGGCGCAGAACUUCGGUUUCCCGUUCAUCCCCGAAGGCGGCAUGAACCCGCCCAUCAACGCCAACUCCACCUUCAUCCCGCCCGUCAGUCAACCCAACGCUUCCUCGCGCACGCCCUCCCUGAUCCCCGUCGAGCCGCAGAACACGUUACCCUCCUUCUACCCGUCCUACUCGCCAGCCGCCCACCCCAGCCUGCCGGGCGACGUCACCCUGCAGUACUUUUCCAACCAGAUGUUCACCAGCCCCGGCCCCGACAAGCCCAGCGCCCCGCCGCCCCUCAACAACCGCUUCGGCUCCAUCCUGUCGCCGCCGCGCGCCGUCGGCUUUGCGCAAGCCAGCUUCCCACUGCUGCCCGACAUGCCACCCAUGCCCAUCGCCAACUCGUCAGGCAUCACGCCGCACAUCUCCAAUUUCAGUCUCACGUCGCUCUUCCCAGAGAUCGCCGCCGGGAUGCCCACCGACGGCUCGGCCAUGCCCAUGUCGCCGCUGCUGUCGCUUGCCAAUGCGUCCGCCGCCGAUUCGGGCAAGCAACCCAACAGGCCGGCGCACAACAUCAGCCACAUCCUCGGACACGACGGCAGCUCAGCCGUGUGACCGAGGAAACGGCGACAAACAAUGUGAAAGGGGGCAAUUGUUUACGUGACUCUUUCGAUCGCAUUUGUUGUCAUGUUCAUUGAUCAGUUUUUUGCUUUUGCUUUUAGCUUUACCGGCGGCGUUAUCAGUUUGUUUGUAAAAGAACAAUCCAGUCUGUUUGGAACAAGAACUCUUUGGUUUUCUAUAUGUUGUUGAAGAAAGAAGAAACCUGCAGCGUUAAUGUAUUUGACUAACUUACAGUAUAUCAGGUUGUUCUGUACAGAAUCAAGACUGUUUUGUAAAUACACACGUUUCAUAUCAGAAGGUUAGAUUGUGCAUUUGUACAUAAAGAAAAUUAAUAAAGUUUAUAAGGGGAUGUUUGA